GAUGGGGAUAAAACAGUAACCAACAGAAGCUGUCUUUAUCCCUUUGUUUAAUAGUAUUUGAUAUUUGUCACACCUGCAAUUAUUAUCAAGCUAGUAUUAGGAACAGCUUAAGUGAGGAGCUAGCUGCUAGCACCUAGCCUGACAGAUAUUUUUAUUCCACAAAAAGUUAGACAUGGAGGAACUUACCUCAACUGUGAAAAGUCUUACUGAGCUCCUGCUGCAAAAGCAGCUAACAGAUUAUGAUGAAGUGAUAGAGAAGCUCUUCUCUGAAGUCCCUGGACUUGAGGCUUUGCCCAAAAUACCAGAUCCGCAGCUGGAGGAGUGUGCCAUCAAGCUGUGGAACUGGGGAGUUACUAAGAAUGUGGGUGUCACAAUAAGUACAAUUCAAAAAGCCCAAGUGCGUCAUGUUGCAUGCAGUCUGUUGUACUGCUGUGAGCCUGAGAACCCAACAGAGGGCACCAUUCGCAAGCAGAUUCUGAUGGCCAGCAAAACAGGGAGAACCUGGCUGGACUGCAAAAAUCCCCAGAUGGCAGAUAAAUACUUAAGCCUUGCUGUCAAGAGCCUUGAAAUCCUCUACAGCCAACUGAUGUCCAGAGGCAAUGGCACAGCUGACAUCAGUUCAUCCAAGGAGGAUGUGGAGAAGGAUCUACUUCGAAUUCUCUCAUACCAAGCAGAAUCGGCCAUAACUCAAGGCAAUAACAAAGAGGCUGUGGCCUACAUUCAGCGUUGUAAAGACAUGUUGCUGCGACUACCAAAGGAUACUGCGUACCUCUCCCUAAUGUGCUACAACUUUGGAAUAGAUGCUUACAAUGUGAGGAAGUAUGAAGACACUGCUUUUUGGUUGAGUCAAAGCUAUGAUAUCGGGAAAAUGAAUAUGAAAUAUGGCCCUGGAUCUGAAGUUUUGGCCAAGGCUUUGCGGCUCCUCGCCAAUGUUUAUUUGGAGUGGGACUGUGAGAAGUUUGCAGAGAAGGCGGUCAACGCUGUUAGCUUAGCAAACAAGGAAUGCGUGAGCACAUAUGGACUGUACUUAAAGAUCAAAAUACUCCUGAGAUGUGAGUCAUCAGACAGUGACUUCAGAGCAGGACUUAAUGAGAUGCUGGAAUCAGAAGUUUCUCUUGAGCUGUGCCUAAGCACAGUGAAACUAUUAAUCUCUGAAAAGAGAGAAGUGCUGGCUUUUGAGUAUUUGAAAAGUGUGUGUCAGCACUUUGAGACAUCCCCUGACCUGGGAACUGCUCUUGUCUUGCACAUUGAGCUGCUGCUGCAGAGAGGCAAAGAGCUGCUGGGCAAACAGAAGAUUGAGGAUGUUAUCACUGGCCACUGUACAGGCAAACAGCUGACCACACAGGCUCUUACAAGUCUCCAUGUCUUGCUGUGGGAUAAAGCAUCCAAGUACUUUGAGGCUGGAAGCUAUUCUGAGGCUCUUCAGUGGUAUAACUACUCCUUAAGUCUCUUCAAGGGAGGUCAAAUGGAGCCCAACUUAGCCAAACUGCAAAGAAACAGAGCUUCCUGCUUCCUAAAACUUAAGCAACUGGAAAAGGCCAAAGAAGCAAUUAAGGAAGCACAGAGAUGUGAUCCAGACAACAUUUUUACUCAGUUUAGCGUAUACAAGGUGGCUGUGCAGGAGAAUGAGGCAGAGAAAGCCUCAGGUGCAUUGCAUGCAAUGGGACGUCUGUCCAAGAAUCCUGUAGCCUGUGAGGACAGACUGCUGGUGUCGGAGGAUGCUGCUUCCAAUCUCCUGAGUCUGGCUGCUCAGAUUGCUCUGGAGAAUGGACAACAGGAAACCGCCAUGAAAGCACUGGAGAUUUUGUGUGAACACUCCAAAGAUCAAGCACAGGUUCUGGUUGCUCUGAGGUGUUUGGUUCGGCUUGUUCUCUCCACAAUAGAAAAAUUGAGUGAUGAAAUAAGUGAUGUAAGUCUGGAUGUCUUGCUGCCGCAUCUAAAAAAGGCUCUGCAGACAAUUUCACACCCCUCUCACAUGACUGUCGAUCAACGCACAGAGGAAGCUAACUGGUUCAGAAAGAUUGCUUGGAACUUGGCUUUGCAGUGCGAGAGCAGCCCUGACAAAAUGAGAGAUUUCUUUGUGCUCUCUUACCAGUUCUCCCAGCUGUGCCCACCUGAUCGCACUCUCCUCAUGGGCCAGAGGACAUGUCUGCUAAUGGCUGCUGCUGCUUCUUUGGAGCUCGGCAGGAAGUCUUCUCACCCUACCCAGGAGUUCACUCAGACUCUGGAGCACAUUCAGAUCUGUUCAGAGGUGUGGAAAACCCUGAAAGCAUCAGGAAGCUUUCCAAUGGACCCGACAGACUCUCUACUACUGCUGUAUGAGUUUGAAGCCCGUGCUAAACUGAAUGAUCCCAUAGUUGAGGCAAUACUGGAGUCUGUGUUGGAGCUUGAAAGUGUUGAACCCAAAAUGUUAGAGACCAUGGCAGCCUUGGCAAUGGAGCCUCCAGCCUAUUUCCCUCUGCUGUGCAAGAAGGCCUUGAGGGUUGCUCUCUUUCUGCACAAGAAACAACCACAGGCUGACCUGGCGCACUGCAGCAAGUGUGUUCACAGCCUUAUCAAGCUGUCCCUCCCAAGUGGCGUGUCAGAGGUGGAGGCCCAUGUGCUCGAGGAGGUGUGGAACUACUACGAGGAGGCCCUGUCUAUCAUUGCAGCCGCACCGGACGACUUCCCAGAGAUGGAGACCUUGUGGUUGCUGACUCAGGCUUGGAACACUGGGAUUUUGCUGUACAGCUUGGCUCAAUACCCCGAAGCUGAGAAGUGGUGUGGCCUGGCCAUGAGCUUUGUCCGCCACCUGGGAUCUCUACAGGAGAGCUAUGAGACACAGAUGUCUGGUCUCUACAGCAAAAUCCUGGACAGAUUGGACAAAGCAAAGAAAAAUGUCAACAUGAAAGAAUAGACAAACAGGUAUAGGUCAGCUGUCGGGAGCCUGGUGCACGCCUGUUCUUCGGGGAAACCUACCUACGUUUAUUCAGUUCAGUUUUCAACACCCUAACGUUCUCAAUGUUAUGAGAAACAUUUACCAGAAAUUCCAGUUUGGUAUGUUCUUUUAAAUUAUUUUAACUGUGGUGUAUUCUGGUAGACUAGUACAUUCAUUUCUGGUCUGAUUCUUACCUGAACAUUUGUUCUAAGCUCCUAUCCAUUUAUACUUUUCCAACAGAAACUAAAAAAAAAUAAAUUAAAUAAAUCUACCACUGCAGUAGUUGUUUUUAAAGCCAAUCUGUAUCCCAAAGUAGAAUAAAAGGCACAUUAAAAUCA